AAUGUUUAGUGUUGCCUUACUGAUUACUGAUUACUAUACAAUAAUAUUAUGAAACAGUGUGGGUGGGUACGUGAACUGAGAAUAACAGCAGUGUCCAUAGAUCAGUAAUUCAGUGAACGUCUGGUAUUCAAGAACGAAGUGUCAUUUCAUACUAAAUUUUAAAAUUUUAAAUUCAAAUAGUAUAGUAUAAAUAAUAAUUAAUAACUCUUCCGUACAACAAAUAUUACAUCAAAACUAUACAGCAUUUAUACAAUAUUUUCUACAUACAGCUUAAAUCUAAAAGUUGAUACCUAACCAUCAUGACUUCAAUGCUGUCAUUUGUGUUGCAAAACGUACCAAGUGAGUGGGAAUCUGUAACCACAUAUAAUAGCAGUUACAAACUAUUUGAUGUACAAAUCCAUACUAGAGAGGCAGAACAUGUAAAAGCAAUGUUUAACUCUACAUUAUUAAGCAUUAAUACUAUUCGAAGGGUCCAAAAUCCUUUUCAGUAUGGUCGUUUCAAGUUGAGACAAGAAAUGGUGGAUUCUUAUUCAGUGAACACGGUGUUUCACAUUGUACACCUAAGUGACCUAGAAACAGCUUUAAAGUAUACAUGUGACUACAGGAGAUAUAAACAAGGAUAUCUAUCUGAGGGUGAUAAUAAACAACCACGUUUUUAUGACAAUGUCCAGAGUGUUAUUUUCAACUUGCCUGCAUCAAUGAUAAACGAUAUUUGCGUAUUGGUUGUCAAUAAAAUAUCUGGUAACACUAAGACGCAAAGUGAUUACUAUAUCCAAUACGUUGUUGAUUUCAAAUAAACUUCACUAUGUCUACUAAUA